GGUUUCCAUUGAUUGCAGGCUUGCAGCUUUCCAUUUUCUCAUAGCAUGGAAUCCCUCAAUGACGCCGUGACUAUUGGACUUGUGAUUUUCUUCUUAUUCUGCUGCUUCGUCUAUAAGCUGAGGAGGGACGGCAGCAGACUGAAACUGCCUCCAGGACCACGUCCAUGGCCUGUUGUGGGAAAUCUCCAUCUCUUGGGAAACCUUCCCCAUCAAGCUCUUACGACAUUGGCAAGGAAAUACGGAUCCAUUAUGUUUCUCCGUUUGGGCUCCGUCCCCACUGUUGUGGUUUCUUCUCCUGCCAUGGCAAAAGAAUUCCUCAAAACGCAUGAUUUGGUCUUUGCAACCAGACCAAACUGUGCAGUGGGGAAAUACAUAUGCUAUGAUCGUAAAGACGUGGCGUACGGCCCCUAUGGAGGGUACUGGAGGCACAUGAGAAAGCUGAUGACGGUGGAGCUGCUCACAGUGAAGAGAAUCGAUUCUUUCAGAUUCGUGAGAGAGGAAGAAGUGUCUGCCAUGAUAGCCUCCAUCUGGCAGGAGAGCAGGCAAGGAGCGCAGUGUGUGAAUGUGAAGAAGAGACUCUCCUCCCUUACACAAAAUAUUACCUGCAGAAUGUUUGCCAGCAAGGCUUACUCCGACAACGACUUGAGAGGAGGGCAUGGCUUCAAACAAAUGGUUGAGGAGAUGUUUGCUGUAGCCGGCGCAUUUUGCGUUGGUGAUUUCGUUCCUUACCUCGACUGGCUCGACUUUCAGGGAAUCCGUCGUCGCAUGCAGGCUGUUCACAAAAUAUUCGAUGGAUUUGCUGAGAACGUAAUCGAUGAGCACAUUCGUCGUAGAAUGGGGAAAGGUAAAUCGAAGGAAGAAGAUCGCAUUAUAGACAUGGUAGACGUGAUGCUCGACAUGACCGAGACGGACGGCCAAACAAUAUCACGGGUCAACAUUAAAGCAAUCAUCUUGAAUAUGCUAACUGCGGGAAUAGAAACAUCGUCAACAACAGUAGAAUGGGCAAUGAGUGAACUGCUGAGGAAUCCUUCAACGCUAGCACAAGCACAGCGAGAGAUGGAAUCAAGAGUGGGCAAAGACAGCAGAGUAAAGGAGAGUGACGUCAGAAACUUCGACUACUUGCGAUUCGUGGUGAAGGAAACAUUUCGACUUCAUCCGCCGUUUCCUCUGCUCAUUCCGCACGAGUCGAUGGAAGGCUGCAGCGUUGGAGGAUAUUUUUUUCCGCCAGAGACGAGGCUGUUUGUAAAUGUGUGGGCAAUGGGAAGGGAUGAAAACGUUUGGAAAGACGCUCAGCUGUUCAAGCCCGAGCGGUUCAUGGGCAGUAAUAAGGAUGUGAGAGGUCAGGACUUUGAUUUGCUGCCGUUUGGAACAGGAAGAAGGGGAUGCCCUGCAAUUUCGAUGGGUGUUUCUGUUGUUGAGUUGGCACUUGCUCAGCUGCUCCAUUGCUUUGACUGGACUGUGGAGGGCGAGGUGGAUGUGGAGGAAGAGUUUGGAUUAACCGUUCCCAGAAAAAAUCCACUGUCUGUCCGCCCUUCAUGGAGGCUGACAACUGAAUAUCCUAAUUAAUAGAUUGUCAUCUGAUAGGUGUUUUGGCAUGGCUAUUAUAUAUGUAGUUAUUAUCAGAUUCAUGUUGCACUCC